UAUUCCGACGCUUCCAUCAGUAAUAAGUACUUCCCAUCAGUUAAUGUCCGCCACAUUCAGAGGAACUGUACUCUUAGUGCACUUCAGUGUAUACUAAGCGGCGCCGGAAUCUAUCGGUCCCUCACCUCACAUGCGAUCCAGAGGUCACCCGACAUACACACCAAUAGAGCACUGAAUGGGGAUAUCGGACACGACAUGAACCGUCCGCUCCUUCCCCUCAAUCGUUUAGUCGUAUUCAGUGCCCUAUUCGUGGCCACAGUCUAUGCCGAUUGUCCCUUAGUUAAGGACGCGGAUAUAGCGCCGUGUGUUUGCCUCACAAAUCAAAUCCGAUGUGAGGGCCAGACCGUGACUGACGCCGUGUUGCAAGCGGUGUUGGCAAAGGUUGAUAAGGCCAGACCUAAAUACCUCAAAGAGUUUGAAGGGCUCGAGCUCUACAACACUAAAGUGACCAAGAUUACCACUGAGAUAUUUGGAAACUUGAUUCUAAAGACAUACGUGAAGUUCAACAACAACCCCAUCACAAGCAUAUCUUUGGGUAAUUUCCCGGAUCUGGUACUCCUGGACGCGGCCAACAACAAGCUGUCGACCAUCAGUUCCAGUCUAUUCUUCGGGCUCAAGAGUUUGCGAUACAUUAAUUUGGGCGGCAAUGAGAUCGUCGACUUCCCCAAAGACACGUUCGCCCUCUCAGACAAUCUCCAGAGACUGGACUUAAGCGGCAAUAAGAUUAAGCGAUUGAAUUCGGAUGAGUUCUCCUCGGAAUACCACAACAACAUAGAGCUCCAGGAAAUCGAUUUGUCUAACAAUGAGUUGGAGUAUUUGCCCGAAAAUAUCUUCUGGCCGUUGAGGAGACCCCUGAAGAUCAACUUAGCCAACAACAAGCUGGCCAAAGGUAUUGACGUCAAUGCCCUCAGCUUUGGCGAAGACCUCAUCCAAUACGAGCCAAUCAAACUGGUGUUGAGUAAUAAUGGAUUCAAAGACUCGGACCUCACGGACGCCACCUUCGAGCCCAUUGUGCGCCAGAAGUUGGCCAUCGAUUUGGAUUUGUCCGACAACGCCAUUACCGCCGCCAGUGAUAAAGUGCUCGACAAAUUGCGCAAGGCCAAUCCCAGAACUGUCAUUACCACCAAAUAAAUAAUUGAACACUUUUUAUGGCAAUUUGUUACAGUUUUAUAUUACAGUAAAAUUAAGUCUAAAAUAAAUAUUAUAUAAAAUAAAUUA